AGCAUCAAGACUUGCUUCCUGCCUUAUCAUCGCAUUCAACCAGAGUAAAGUUGAACUUUAUAUAAUAAGCUGCUUUUUAAUUCGACAAAGUGGCAAUUAGAUCAAGCAAAGCGUGAGCUCUUCUACGUUUUGGAGCUGCCUGCGCUGAAAUGGGCUCAUUAGAGGACAAGUUAGUGCGCUAUUAAUAGGCUUAGUUAAAUAGGUAAUGGUUGCAAUAGUUUCGUGGAAAAUGAGCUGACAUGAACAUCUAUGAGGCCUGACCAAGACAUCACAGCAAUAGGGACGUUGGAUUCUAUUUUUAGAAACCAAUUUUGUUCAUAAAUGUGAUGGGAACAUUUCUGCUAGUGUGCUUCGCACCUGCUCUGGAGUAGCGUACACCGCUGGAGAAUAUGGAAUGCCGUUUAAUUGAUUCCUUUUGCCCAAAGGUUGCAAAGUGAAGAUUGGUUGCCUUAUGCUCUCCUAGAAAGCAACAUGUGAGAGAGAAGUAACUUUUGCACUCUGGAUUACAGAACACGUUUAUCUGCUAAAACGGGUUGCUAUUCUUGUGGGACUUUAUGUACUAUUUUCAUCUUUGAAUUGUAAGAGCCAUUUUGUAAAAUGUCAUGAUGUGGAAUUUUUUUUACUAACAGCAACAACGAACUCCGACUAAAUCCUUAAAUAUAUACAAUUUCAUCCUAUUUUUAUCCAUAUCGAGACACCAUCUCUGUGGCUCUUAUGGGAAUGAAACACUCCUCCCGCUGUAUGCUCCUCAGGAGAAAAAUGGCGGAGUCCGAGAGCGCUGAGCAGCAGCCACAGCCAAUCCGCAUCAUCCAGUCUCAGCGAGUGCAGCCAACCUCGCUGCCCAAGCCUGUGCCCUCCAUCCACCAUGUCCCACAGCCGCCCCACGCUGCCUCCCUGCCCAGCUGCCCUGGCCGGGGAAAGAUGGCCAAGUUCCUCAACCCCGAGGAGAUGACCUCCAGGGACUACUACUUUGACUCCUACGCCCACUUUGGCAUCCAUGAGGAGAUGCUGAAGGACGAAGUGAGGACGCUGACCUACAGAAACUCCAUGUACCACAACAAGCACGCUUUUAAAGACAAGAUCGUCCUUGAUGUGGGCAGUGGGACUGGUAUCCUGUCCAUGUUUGCAGCCAAGGCGGGAGCCAAGCACGUGUAUGGGAUUGAAUGUUCCAGUAUAUCGGAAUACUCUGAGAAAAUCAUCAAGUCUAACCACCUGGACAGUGUUAUCACCAUCUUCAGGGGCAAGGUGGAGGAAGUGGAGCUGCCAGUAGAGAAGGUUGACAUCAUCAUCUCAGAGUGGAUGGGCUACUGUCUCUUCUACGAGUCUAUGCUCAAUACCGUCAUCUUUGCAAGGGACAAGUGGCUGAAACCCGGCGGUCUGAUGUUUCCAGACCGUGCUGCACUGUAUGUGGUGGCCAUCGAGGACAGGCAGUACAAGGACUUCAAAAUCCACUGGUGGGAGAACGUGUAUGGCUUUGACAUGACCUGCAUCCGUAACGUGGCCAUGAAGGAGCCCCUGGUGGACAUAGUUGACCCCAAACAGAUGGUCACCAACUCCUUCCUGAUCAAGGAGGUGGACAUCUAUACAGUGAAGACUGAGGACUUGUCCUUCACCUCAGCCUUCUGCCUUCAGAUCCAGAGGAACGACUACAUCCACGCCCUUGUCACCUACUUUAACAUCGAGUUCACCAAGUGUCACAAGAAGACUGGCUUCUCCACCGCCCCUGAUGCUCCGCACACACACUGGAAACAGACUGUGUUCUACCUGGAGGACUACCUGACUGUGAGGAGAGGGGAAGAGAUCAUUGGCAGCAUCAACAUGAAGCCCAACGACAGGAACAUACGGGACUUGGAUUUUACCUUUGAGUUGGAUUUCAAAGGACAGUUAUGUGAGGUAGCCAUCUCCCACGACUACAAGAUGCGUUAGCUAGGUGUCCAACAGGGAGAGCCGGUGUGCAAUAUCAACAUGCACAUCAACACAUCUCACCGGCACUUUUUUAAUUUGCAUUUUUUUAAUUGAACCUUUUUAUUUAGCUAGGCAAGUCUUAACUGUUAGGCCAACUGUUCAGAGGACAACUUUGAAUGUAACACCUUGUCAUAAUAGUCCUAAUGAAUGUUAUUUAUUAUUUAUCUAUAUUCUAUGUUAUCUUGAUUUUGUUAAUUGUUCUUCCAAAAUAAUCAGGCCACAGGAUUAGUUAGCACUUUUUAAAAUGUCUUAACUU